UCCACGUCAGUGUCCACUAGGCUGUUCACUGAGAAAACGCAACAUUUGGACCCCGAUUGAAAGUGUUCGCAACACAUUUCUCUGAUUUUAUUGUGACAACACGGGGACAAAACAUGCCUCUGAGGCUGGACAUUAAGCGGAGGCUGACAGCCAGGUCAGACCGGGUGAAGAGUGUGGACCUUCACCCAACUGAGCCAUGGAUGCUGGCUAGUCUGUACAACGGCAGCGUCUGUGUUUGGAACCACGAAACUCAGACUCUUGUCAAGACUUUCGAAGUUUGCGACCUGCCUGUCAGAGCUUCUAAAUUUGUGGCAAGGAAGAACUGGGUCAUCACAGGAGCGGAUGACAUGCAGAUCCGUGUGUUCAACUACAACACCUUGGAGCGAGUCCACAUGUUUGAGGCACACUCCGACUACAUUCGUUGCAUUGCUGUCCAUCCAACCCAGCCAUACAUCCUCACCAGCAGCGAUGACAUGUUGAUCAAGCUUUGGGACUGGGAGAAGAAGUGGUCAUGCAGCCAGGUGUUUGAGGGUCACACUCAUUAUGUUAUGCAGAUUGUCAUCAACCCCAAGGACAACAAUCAGUUUGCCAGUGCUUCCUUGGACAGAACAAUUAAGGUGUGGCAGCUUGGCUCUUCAUCUCCCAAUUUCACUUUGGAAGGUCAUGAGAAAGGAGUAAAUUGUAUUGAUUACUACAGUGGGGGAGACAAGCCCUACCUGAUAUCUGGGGCUGAUGAUCGCCAAGUCAAGAUCUGGGACUACCAGAACAAGACCUGUGUUCAAACUCUGGAGGGCCACGCCCAAAAUGUCUCUUGCGUCAGUUUCCACCCAGAGCUGCCCAUCAUCAUUACUGGAUCAGAGGAUGGGACCGUGCGUAUCUGGCACUCGAGCACUUACCGCCUUGAGAGCACACUGAACUAUGGCAUGGAGCGAGUGUGGUGUGUGUCGGGUCUCAGGGGCUCCAACAAUGUGGCGCUAGGCUACGAUGAAGGCAGCAUCAUUAUCAAGGUGGGUCGGGAGGAGCCAGCCAUGUCUAUGGACACCAAUGGCAAAAUCAUUUGGGCCAAACACAGUGAAAUACAGCAGGCCAACCUGAAGGCCAUGGGUGAUGCCGAAAUCAAGGAUGGAGAGAGGCUACCGUUGGCUGUCAAAGACAUGGGCAGCUGUGAGAUUUACCCUCAAACCAUCCAGCACAACCCUAAUGGAAGGUUUGUUGUGGUGUGUGGAGAUGGAGAGUACAUCAUCUACACCGCUAUGGCAUUGAGAAACAAGAGCUUCGGCUCAGCACAGGAGUUUGUGUGGGCACACGAUUCUUCUGAAUAUGCCAUCAGAGAAAGCAGCAGUGUCGUCAAACUCUUUAAAAACUUCAAAGAAAAGAAAUCGUUUAAGCCCGACUUUGGAGCUGAAGGUAUCUAUGGAGGUUUCUUGCUUGGGGUGAGGUCGGUGAACGGCCUGGCAUUUUACGACUGGGAGAACACAGAGUUAAUCCGCCGCAUUGAGAUCCAGCCCAAGCAUAUCUUCUGGUCAGACUCUGGUGAACUGGUCUGCAUUGCCACAGAGGAGUCCUUCUUCAUCCUGCGCUACCUGGCAGAAAAAGUCGCUGCCUCCCAAGAGAACAACGAGGGAGUGACAGAGGAUGGUAUUGAAGAUGCCUUUGAGGUCCAGGGAGAGAUCCAGGAGAUUGUCAAGACUGGGCUCUGGGUUGGAGACUGCUUCAUCUACACCAGCUCUGUAAACAGACUCAACUAUUACGUUGGAGGAGAGAUUGUCACAAUUGCACACUUGGACAGGACCAUGUACCUACUGGGUUACAUACCUAAAGAUGACCGUCUGUAUCUGGGAGACAAGGAGCUCAAUAUCGUCAGCUACUCCCUGCUUGUCUCCGUCCUGGAGUACCAGACUGCUGUGAUGAGGCGGGACUUUGGAAUGGCUGACAAGGUGCUACCCACUAUCCCUAAAGAGCAGAGGACCAGGGUGGCACACUUCCUGGAGAAACAGGGUUUCAAGCAGCAGGCCCUGGCAGUGUCCACAGACCCUGAGCACAGGUUUGAGUUAGCCUUGCAGCUGGGAGAGUUGAAGAUUGCUUACCAGCUGGCUGUAGAAGCAGAGUCAGAGCAGAAGUGGAAGCAGCUAGCAGAGCUGGCUAUCAGUAAGUGCCAGUUUGGCCUGGCCCAAGAGUGCCUGCACCAUGCCCAGGAUUAUGGUGGCCUGCUCCUCCUCGCUACAGCCUCCGGUAAUGCUGUCAUGGUGGGAAAGCUGGCUGAAGGAGCAGAAAGGGACGGCAAAAACAAUGUAGCCUUCAUGACCUACUUCCUUCAGGGAAAACUGGAUCAGUGUUUGGAGCUUCUGAUCAGAACAAACAGACUACCUGAAGCUGCCUUCCUGGCUCGCACUUACCUACCCAGCCAGGUGUCCCGUGUGGUCAAAUUAUGGAGGGAGAAUUUGGCCAAGGUCAACCAGAAGGCGGCUGAAUCCCUAGCAGACCCUACAGAGUAUGAGAAUCUGUUCCCCGGGCUGAAAGAAGCCUUUGCAGCUGAACACUACCUGAGAGAAACCUGCUUGGGCACCACGAGGCCUGCUAAAGACUAUCCACUUGUUACACCCAAUGAAGACAGAAACAUUCUUGAAGAGGCCCAGGGAUACGAGCCCAAAGGAACCUUCCUACCGCCUGUCUCUAAGACACAAGAUGAAGAGGAGGCAGCAGCUCCCAUUGCUGCAGUGACACCUUCACAGCCUGAGCCUGCUCCUCCUGCAGCAGUGGAGAAAGAGGAAGAGGCUGAAAUCUAUGAAUUCUCACAGAAAGAUAAGACUCUGGAUGAGCUCGAGGUGGACCUGGACAACAUGGAGCUGGAUGACAUUGACACCACAGAUGUUAACCUUGAUGAUGACUUUCUCGAUGAUUGAUUGAGACCUGCCAACAGUCUGCUCCCAAGCACUCUAUAGAGCAUAUUUAAAAGAAAAAGAGAGACCAAAUCCCUUUUCCCCACUUUUUUUUUUCUUUUGUAUUUGUCCGUAAAAAUGUUAUAUUGUCAUAUCCGCCUACUGCAGUGUUUGAGUGGCAGAUCAUGAUAUCAGUGAUGUUUUAUCCACAGAAGAAAGGUAGACAGACUCCCUCAUUUUGUAAACCAUUUAUUGUUUGAGAAUUUCAGAAAAACUGUCCACUGGGCUGUAUUUUAUUACUCUUUGCUUUUUGUUUUGCUUUUUUUCUGUUGUGGCAAGUGAACAUUCAUUCAGUCCAAUAAACUGGUUUCUGUACAUA